GAAGUAGGUAUGAGUGCGGAAGGCUGUGUAUAGUUCAUAGGUGUCAACUAGAAGUUAAUCUAAUAUCUUAGUCGUUUUGUUUAAGAUGUAACACUUUAAUUCUGUCGGUUAAAUAAACUGAACGGUUGUUUAUUCGUAGCUGCCGACCGACAGCUGAGCGUGUAUUGAGCCCUAAAGACAACAUGUCCAGAUGGAGAACAUCCGGGCACGGCUGAAACUUGGAAACAAAGUGGAAGAUGUGAAACUGAGGAAACGUAAAUCCCUGCUGUACUCAAAGGAAGAUGAAAAUACUUUUAACUAUGGUGUGCUCAGAGCCAGGGUUGUUGCGUUGUCUGUGGUGUUCAGACUGAUCAACUGCUUCCUGGUUCAGAGCAGCUUUGUCCCUGAUGAGUACUGGCAGUCUCUGGAGGUGUCCCAUCGCAUGGUCUUCAAUUAUGGGUAUCUGACCUGGGAAUGGAAGACAGGAAUAAGAGGAUUCUCAUAUCCGCUCUUCUUUGCGUUCAUAUACAAAAUAUUGCACUUCAUGAACUACGACUCAGUCCAUCUCCUGAUUUGGCUUCCACGUAUUGUUCAAGCACUCCUGGCUGCGUUUGCUGACGUAAAAUUCUUCUUCCUCAUCCGAAGACUGGAAAAUCAUGACAUUGCAAGAUGGACAUUCUUCUGUCACAUGUGUUCCUGGUUCACGUGGUUCUGCUGCACCAGGACUCUGACCAACAGCAUGGAGACCACCCUCACCUCUCUGGCUCUUUGUUACUUUCCUCUGCCUCGGUCAAAAACACACAGCAGUAAGAAGUAUUUGGCCCUGGUGGCCGUGGCUGUGAUUGUUCGACCGACCGCCCUCAUCGUCUGGUUCCCUCUGCUCGUGUACCAUUUCUGGAAGGAAGAUGACAAACUAAGACUCGUCACUCAUAACUACAUUCCUAUAGGGACGUUGGCUGUUGUAAUCUCAGCACUGAUUGACUGUGUGUUCUAUGGAAAGUUGACUCUGGUGCAGUUCAACUUCCUCAAGUUUAACAUCUUCCACGGCGUGGCCGAUUUCUACGGCUCCCACCCCUGGCACUGGUACCUCACUCAGGGCUUUGCCGUCGUGAUCGGACCCCAUCUUCCUUUCUUUCUUCACGGAUGCACCCUGGCAUUCAGAAGAUACAAAAUCCUGCUGGCGGCAGUCGUCUGGACUGUCACAGUCUACAGUUUUCUCCCUCACAAGGAGUUCAGAUUCAUCUAUCCCGUGCUGCCUUUCUGUAUGGUCUUCUGUGGGUUAUCUUUGGCUCGUCUGACAGCGUGGCGUCGAGUGGCAGCAGCCGCCUUGUUGGUGUCCAACCUGGUUCCAGCUCUGUACACCGGCCUGGUUCACCAGCGAGGCACUCUGGACGUCAUGAGCCACGUUCAGACACUCUGUGACAUCAGCGGAGACUCCACCCGCCUGCAGCCAGACGUCCUCUUCCUCAUGCCCUGCCACUCAACGCCCUUCUACAGCCACGUCCACUGCCCUCUGAAGAUGAGGUUUCUUGAGUGUCCUCCGGAUCUCGGAGAGGAGGCUUACGUCGACGAAGCUGAGAGCUUCUUUGACGAUCCCCUUCUCUGGCUCAGGAACUCAUUCCCGUACAAAUCCUCUCUGCCGACACAUCUGGUUUUGUUUGACGUUUUGCAACAGGAAAUCUCUGGGUUUCUGCAGGGGAAUAACUUUGUGAGGACAGCAGAGAUAUUUCAUACACAUCUUCCAGAAGGACGAGUUGGAGGAAAAAUCUUUAUUUAUGAAAGGCGCUAACAAACACUGGAACAAUGGCAACUUUCUUACCUGAUCAUAUGGGUUUGCUACUAAAAUAAAUAUUUUUAACUCC